AAUUAUUUUAGUUCUUGGUUGCAAUCCUGGAGGCAGUGUUUGAACUAGUUACGUAGGUACAGUAGAUAAUUGAGCCACCUUCGAGGAAUUUACAGCUUCAGACGAGUAGAGUUUGCAGGUUCUCUCUUGCUCAACCAUUAUGCUGAUUUGUGGCCGCCUGGCUUGGCACAGAUCUCCAUACUGUGUCACUUACAGCUUCAGACGAGUAGAGUUUGCAGGUUCUCUCUUGCUCAACCAUUAUGCUGAUUUGUGGCCGCCUGGCUUGGCACAGAUCUCCAUACUGUGUCACUUUGGGUGAAUAUUAUCUCACGUUUACAGCUUUAGUAUUUCCUUGACUCGUGCAGACUUAUGUUUCUCUUCGUACGAGGCCUUGUUGGAUUGCUACUGUAUGACAUUAUAUAGGCGAGUCAGAAGUUCAUGAAGCUUGCAGCAGAAUGAGAUUUUUCAAUAGAUCAAGGGAUGCAGAUAAUCGCAAAUAUGAGUACAACGAGAGAAUGGAAGUUGCAAAGCUUGGUCGAAAGCAAUCCCGUGGAAGUAUACACGCCACGAAUGCUGAUACAGUGAAUCCACCGCCUACAAAUCAGGCCUCCAAAGAACGUGUCCACUCAACAUGCGCUGAAAUGGUUCCUGACCGCAAGAUGGAGAAUGACACCUCUAUUUUUGAUUCUUACAGAACUUGUCGCAACUUGUGGGCCAAAACACUUUUCUGUUGGGCUACAUCUCCAAGUCACUGCCACAAUCUCCUGAAAAUUCUGCACAACGGGGAUCAGCAAUUUUUGAAUCGGAUACUUUCGGCACUGAGAUCAUUGCGUUCAGAUCUUGUUAAUGAAAUCACGAACGACGUCAAUGGAUGCCAUCUCGUUCGAAAACUGGUCGAGGUCGGGAAUGAGGAUCAAUGUCUGACUGUUUUGAAGGUUCUUACGCGGAAACGCCUCCAACUCAUAAAUAUAGGUUCUACCUCGAGGGGAAAGAUAGUGGUGCAGAAAAUGUUAAAGUUGUAUAAUAGCUUCCCUGAGCAUAGAACUAUCCUUUUAAGGAGUCUAGAGCAAGAUCCAUUGAAGCUUGCCGUUGAUCGAGACGGCCAAUCAGUCAUAUUAAAGUGCUUGAGAUACCUCAGCUCUGACUACUGUGAGUUCAUCUUUGAAACCCUGGUGAAUCACUUAAUGCAAAUUGUUCAGAAAAAUACAUCGCAUGACGGUUUUGGUGGAGUACUUUUGGUACGGCAGUGCUUUCAAGUGGCGCCUGAUGCAUAUCAAAAACUUUUGGUAGACAAAAUUACAGAUCAUGCUCUUGCCUUAACUAAAGAUCCAGUUGGGCACUAUCUUAUAUUAGACUUGUUGAACAGCUCAAAAUGGAUCGAAGCUUCACGAAGGUUAGUGAGAAAGCUACAACGGCAUUUUUCUGAUCUUGCCAUGCAACAUUUUUCCAGUAAAGUGGUGCACCAAUGUUUGAUUAAAUCUUCCAGCAUCGACAUUGGCAUGAGUUUGGAUUGCAUUGUCCGAGAGUUGAUUAGAAGUCCUCUCUUUCCUCAAAUGCCUCUGAAUAUACAUGCCCAAUCUGUGAUAAAGUCUGCAUGUGCUCUCUCAGAAGGGAAGUUGCUGGAAGAUUUGAAUGAAGCAAUUAGACAUGGAAACUGAAAAGGCAUAAGUUUCCAUUGCACUUAUUUGAGUAACCAUGUCGCAUGAUAGAAUAGUUAUUUGUAGAUCUAAUACUUUGCAAUUGUUAUAUUCUUGUUCAUGAUAUUCUUGAUAGAAUGUUAGGCAUACGUAGAAAACUUUCGUCUAGACAUUAGGCUUCGAUACUCUAAUCGAGUCCUAGGGAGUAUUUUAUAGACCUUCAGACGACAAAAAGGCAUUUACUUGUGACUGAACAAGAAUUCGAUUACUACUGAGAAAGAAGGGUUAUGGUCCAACUUUUGCUGCAAGGUGGAAGAUGAAUGUAAGAUUGUUUGGAUAAGUUUUUUUCUCUAGGAGCUCAAAAGGCACAAGAAUGCAACGAUGAUUAGCACUUUACUUCGAGUUCCAUUCUCAUGUACUUCCAUGUUCAAAGGCAAGCUCAAACAGGAUGCAACUUGAGGCCUGUCAGAUGGAAGUUGUUGACAGUUUUCUUCACCUUCGACGUUUUCGCUGCCAACUUUUCUAAACAAUCUCAACAUUGUAAGAUCCAACCGAGCAAACUUUUAAGGAAAAUAAGGUUUCCUAUUCAGUGUAAGUGGACUGUGCUUUUGAUCUAUUGGC